CAUAGUGAAUUAAACAAAGCCACGGUCUCCUAUGCCCAGCUAUCUCUAUACGUGGCACUAUCUCAUUGGUUAAGCCACCUCGGUGCAAAAAAACAAAAAAAUUAUACACACAAAAAAGAAAGAUUGUGCGCCCCACAAAUCUCAUCUGUUGAGAACUGUAUUCCUUUCUUCAACUUCUAAAGAAUUUUUCUGCGGAACUAUACAUACAGCUUUCUGUAUAUAUAGAUUCGUGAGUUCAACAACCCUAAAAAUGGUGAAGUUGUAGAGAGAGAGAAAGUGAGCUACAGCUUGGCGAUGUUGGAGAGGUGGUGCGGAAAUCGAGGUAAAGAUUCCCGUCUUUGUAACUUUAACCCGGACCCGAUUCCCAACAUUGACUGUGCGAGAAAUGCCUACGUCACCUGAAGAAAACCCUAACCCUAAGGUUAUGUCGGCGGCGGCGGCGAAGAAACGGCGGUCGAGCUUGUCGGAUAUAUGGAAUAACAAGGAUACUCAGGCGUUGAAGCAAUUGGUGCUUCAAAUGCGAGCUCAAUCGGUUUCUAAUUCCACUACUCCACCGUCUGAGCCCGAAUCUGAUAUUCAAUCCCUAACCCUAGAUGACCCGGAGCCGACCCGUUUUAGUUCUGGACCAGAUUAUACCGCCGUACUUUCUGAUAAGUUGCUGUUAAGUGUGCUUUCGAAGCUUCCGGAACAGCAACAUACUUCUAAUUCAUUAGUUUGUAAGCGUUGGUGUAAGUUUAGUGGGAAGUUGGUUAGGUCUAUUAAGCUGUUAGAUUGGGAAUUUUUAGAAUCUGGGAGGCUUAGUUAUAGAUUUCCGGGUUUAAUUGACAUUGACCUAGUCCGAGCAUGUGUGAAAUCCCGGAGGAAUUCGGGAAUUGUGAUGAGUCAUAGGCUCGUUUCGGUGCAUUUGGAUUCGAACUCUAUUCAUGGAGGGUUUGUUGGGAAAGAGGGCUUUUUGGCACAAGAGGUGGUUGAUGGAGGGGUUAAGGUUUUAGUUGAGGGUUGUGCUAAUUUAAGAAGAAUACUAUUGAUGAAUGCGAGUGUAGAGGGGCUGGGUUAUUUGGGUGAAAAGUGUGAAACUUUACAGGAGUUGGAAUUGCAUUUCUCUGAUGACUUUGCAUUGAAGGGGUUAUUUGGCUGUAGGAAUUUGCAGAUACUGAAAUUGGUUGGUUGUAUUGAUGGACUAUAUAAUUCCAUGGUUUCAGAUAUAGGGUUGACCAUUUUAGCUCAAGGGUGUCCGCGUUUACUGAAGCUUGAGCUGGUCGGAUGUGAGGGAAGUUAUGAUGGGAUCAAAGCAAUUGGGCAGUGCUGUCAGAUGCUUGAGGAAUUGAUACUUUGUGAUCAUAGGAUGGAUGGUGGGUGGUUGUCUGCUUUGUCAUUUUGCAGCAACUUGAAAACUUUGAAGCUUCAGUGUUGUAAGGUUCUAGAUUCAAGUCCUGGCCCUGAUGAACACUUGGGUUCUUGUUCUACUCUCGAGGAGCUACAUUUACAUCAGUGUCAAUUACGGGAUAAGCAAGGUGUGAGAGCAUUGUUUCUGGUUUGUGGGACUGUCCGAGAGCUCGUCUUUGGGGACUGUUGGGGAUUAGACAACACUAUAUUUGCUGCUGCAAGUGUUUGUCGGAGCUUGAGAAAUCUCUCUUUGGAAGGAUGCUCGUUGCUCACGACGGAAGGAUUAGAUUCGGUAGUUCAGUCAUGGAAAGAGCUUGAAAGGCUUAAGGUAGUCUCAUGUAACAAUAUAAAGGAUAGUGAAAUAACACCAGAACUAGCAACUUUAUUUUCUGUUCUCAAAGAGCUAAAGUGGAGGCCAGAUUCUCGAUCUUUUCUAUCAUCAGGUCUUGAAGGGACUGGUAUUGGCCAGAAAGGUGGUAGAUCGUUGCGGAGGAAGUAGAGUGUGAACUGGUAAAGAUGUCAAUGUAAAUGCAGUUCACCAUGAAGGUGAAAGUCUGUCCUCACUCACUCCAGACAGUCCAGAAAAUAUUGGGCAGAGUGUUGUUGCCUCUAGUGUUGGCACUGAUAUUGCAUCUGCGAUUGAAAGUAUUCAACCAGAAAAAGAAGCUUCUGGUACUUCUGAGCCAAUUGUUGUGGAAGCGAGCUCCGGUGUGAAAGAAAGCAAUGUUGCAGAACCCAGUAAUAAUUUAAGACCUAUACCAGUUCCUCAGGAAGAUGCAGUCUCAAAGGAUUCAGACUUGGAAAAACCUUUGAUUUCCAAGAAUUUAGUUCAGCUGCAGAACUGGAGGUCCUUGCCAUGGAGAGGUUAAAGUUAGAACUUCAAGUGCGUGGGUUGAAGUGUGGAUGCACUCUGCCAAGAGCGUGCAUCCAGGCUUUUCUUGCUCAAAACCACACCUUUGGAGAUGCUUCCAAAGAAGUUGCUUGCUAAGAAGUAAUUUUGUGCUCGUUUGUUUUGCUAUUGUAGCUAGUUGUAAUCGUAACCUCAUUUUUUAAGUGUCAGCUUAUUCUCUAUUUGACUUGGUACCCGUUUGGAUUGGCUUAUUUUAGGUGCUUUUAAGCCAAAAUAGCUUUUAAGCAGUUUUGAAGUAUUUGGGCAAAGUUAAAAAGUGCUUAUAAGCACUUAUUUUCAAGUCAAAAUAACAAAAAUAAGCCAAAAGUCACAAGUUAGAAAUCCUAGCUUAUGGCUUUUGGCUUUUAAGUCAUAAGCCAAUCCAAACAGGCCCUAACUUAUGUAGAUAUGCGUAUGUAUUUUUCAAUAAAUUUCAACUACUUACAAGGACAAACAGCAGUAAUUCACUUUUUAGAAUAAUAAACGAAUGUUGAUUUGGUUCCGA